CGGGCUCCUUUCUUGCCACCCCCACCCCCGGCCCGGGGCCACCUGCGCCCCGCCCUACCGGCCGCACCCCAGCUAGGGAACCACGGAGCCGGGUGUCCGGGCUGCUUGUGUGCCAAGGGGAUCUUCGCGAGUUCUGCUUCUGCCUGGACGGCUGUCCUGAGUCCGGAAAUGUGGCCUCGCUGAGAGCCCUCCGACUGAGCGGGUCUGCGGCGCGAACUCACGGGUGGGAAGUUGGUCUGCACUCCGGCAACAUGACUAGUCCGGCGGGCACACAAAACCAGGAAAUCGACUGUCUGAGUCCAGAAGCGCAAAGACUGGCGGAAGCCAGGCUUGCAGCGAAGCGUGCAGCCCGCGCCGAGGCUCGAGAGAUCCGCAUGAAGGAGCUGGAGCGGCAGCAGAAGGAGAUCUAUCAAGUCCAAAAGAAAUAUUAUGGGCUGGAUACAAAAUGGGGCGACAUCGAGCAGUGGAUGGAAGACAGCGAGCGCUACUCUCGUAGAUUCCGGAGAAACCCAUCGGCUUCUGAUGAAGACGAGCGUUUGUCAGUGGGUAGUCGCGGCAGCCUACGGGCCCUGCCUGAGCCGGAGUACGGGAGUCCCUAUGCCUGGACUAACGGUUAUGAUGGAGACUAUUCCGGAUCCCAGUCCCUAAGUAGAAGAUCUGGCAGGAAUUCCAGCUACAGUGGCGGCGGCGGCGAUGGCAGAUUCUCCGCUUUGUCGUCCUCCAGGGAGGAGAAGUUGGGACACUUUGGCUCCAACCUCGGCCUUCCCAGCAGUGGCCUUGCUUCCAAGCCCCUGUCUUCCCAGAAUGGAACCCGGUCCGCCUUCCUGUGCAGUGCUGCCCCCCGGCCUGCAGGGAGUUUCCGGGCGUCCAUGCUGGAUGAGAGUAGCCUCUAUGGAGCUCGGAGGGGAAGCGCCUGUGGUUCCCGAGCUCCCUCAGAGUACAGCGGCCACCUCAACUCCAGCUCCCGGGCCUCCUCUAGGGCCAGCUCGGCGCGGGCCAGCCCUGUGGUUGAAGAAAGACCAGACAAAGACUUCACUGAGAAGGGGUCCCGUAACAUGCCCAGCUUGUCUGCUGCCACGCUGGCUUCUCUGGGUGGGACUUCCUCGCGGAGAGGAAGUGGAGAUACCUCCAUCUCCAUGGACACCGAGGCGUCCAUUAGGGAAAUUAAGGAACUUAAUGAGCUAAAGGACCAGAUUCAGGAUGUAGAAGGCAAAUACAUGCAGGGAUUGAAAGAGAUGAAGGACUCGCUGGCGGAAGUUGAGGAGAAGUACAAGAAGGCCAUGGUCUCCAACGCCCAGCUAGACAACGAGAAGACCAACUUCAUGUACCAGGUAGACACGCUGAAGGACAUGCUGCUGGAGCUGGAGGAGCAGCUGGCCGAGUCCCAGAGACAGUACGAGGAGAAGAACAAGGAAUUCGAGAGGGAGAAGCAUGCCCACAGCAUCCUGCAGUUCCAGUUUGCGGAAGUCAAAGAAGCCCUGAGGCAGAGGGAGGAAAUGCUUGAGGAAAUCCGGCAGCUGCAGCAGAAGCAGGCGGGGUUUAUCAGGGAGAUCUCUGAUCUUCAGGAAACGAUAGAGUGGAAAGACAAAAAGAUAGGGGCAUUAGAAAGACAGAAAGAGUUCUUUGAUUCCAUACGGAGCGAACGAGAUGACCUUAGAGAAGAAACAGUCAAGCUGAAAGAGGAGUUAAAGAAACAUGGAAUAAUCAUAAAUUCAGAGAUAGCCACCAACGGAGAGACUUCAGACACACUAAAUGACGUCGGACAUCAAGCCCCAACGAAGAUGACAAAGGAGGAGCUGAAUGCCCUCAAGUCGGCCGGGGAGGGGACACUAGGAAAAGCCAAAGAAGUGGAGGUGGAAAAGGCAAUUGUGCAGAAUGUGGGGACAGGAGGAACCUUACAGAAUACUGAGCAAGAGCAGCCCAGACCCAACCCAGUAAAGGACUGUGUGGACAAAGGGGUGUCACAUCCCGGUGAGAAUGCCGAGGACCAGAAACCCGCUGAAGACAGUGCCCUGUCCCCAGGACCUCUCCCAGGGGCCACAUGUGAACAGCAGGUUCAGAGCCAAGCUCAAGAGAACACUUCUUUCCUCAAAAACCCAGGGCAGAUUGAGUCACGUGAGGUCAUGAACAACCCAGAUGGUGGGACCAGAAACUCUUUUGAACAGUCCGACUGCCUGGGAGGUCUAGACAGUGAAGGGUCAGGGCCCGCCGCCGCCUUGGGUGUCAAAAAUCAAAGUGAAAACUCUGUAGGUAAUCAGGAUAGAGGAAAACAAGAGGAUUUGAAAACAGAUUUGGAAAAAGUUAGUUUCGAACCAUGUCCACACUAUGUUUUGGGGCAGACGUCUGAAGUUGAUGGGGUGAGCUGUACAGACUCAAGGGGCGCAGGUGGAAACCCCACGGAGAAGGUGGUGCAGGCAGGAGGAGCUGUAGCUGGGGAACAAGUGGAUACAGCAGCCUCCGGUCCUCUGGAGCACAGUGAAGACACAGUGAGUCAUGACGGAAGAUGCAUGACAGAGGGGGCAGAGCAGAGCUCAGAGGGAGAACUCACCCAGGGAGCAGCUAAGCCUGAGGUGGGUGGAGAAAAUGCUGUUACAAAGGCUGGGAACACAGAAGUAAGGGACAAGAAGCCCAUCCAGGCAGAAGUCCAGGCCACCCUUGGGGCUCCCAUAGUACAGAGCGGCCAUCAGGACACAGCAGGCCCAGGUAGCGCAGACGCCAAACACGCACCGCUUGAUGCAAAAGAACCCCACAAAGAAAAGAGUGAGCAGCAGGCAGAGGCCUUGGAUUCACCACAGAGGAAGACUAAGAACAAGAAGAAAAAAAACAAGAAGAAGAAACCUCCAGCCUCAGUGGAAGCCCGCCAAGACGCCAGCAAAGAGUUAAACUGUCAGAACGCAGAAGCGGGUGACCUGGAGGAAGAAGAGCAGACCCAGUACCCUGACCAAAAACAGGCGGUGGAAACCCAGAGUGAAGACACAGAAAACCCCGCACAAAAAAUCACGGCAGGAAGCAGUGAAUGUGUCGAUUGCCCAGAAGAUCCUAAAAGUGAGUCGACUGGAAAACAGAACCAAAAGGAGGAAGAUGAUGUAAAAACCCAGGCAGGGAAAGCAACAGCCGACAGAGACAAGUUGACGUCUGAGGCUGAGGAAGUUGAAGAACAUGUCACAGAUGGUCCCGCCGCCGACGGCCACACAGAUGAUGUCUUGGAUCAGGACAGUCCCCAGUGUGAAGAAGGGGACAUCUCCCCAAUGGGAAAGAAGGGUUCCCGAAAGGAUGCUAAGAGAGGAAGUAAAGAGGGGCAUGUGCUGUCCCAGCAUCCAGGACAGACGGUGGAGAAGGCUGUGGAUGGCAGCAGUGUAGACAACAGUGACCUGUCAGGGGAGCUGGGGGGCUUCAGUUCAGAAGGUGGCGUGCAGACGAGAGGGGAGGCUGAGAAUAGCAAGAAUAAGGAGGAUUGCACCAUGUCAUGAGGAGGCAGAGGCGGGCGGACGGGGGAGACAGUGGGCCCAGGACUCAACACACUAAGCCCAACCUCAAGAGUUCCAUCCUUCAGCUCCACUGUCAAGGUUCAAGAAUGUCCCCAUUUCUGUGGAUGUACCACGUGUCUGUCAAUCACCAAAUAUCAACUACUUUAAGUUAUAGACUGUUACUUGUAGAUUUGUAGUCAACCAUUGAUCACCUAGACACCAUUGUGUUCAGUUUCGGUUAUAGCUGAGGACAUUCCAUGAGCAUCAGGUGACACCCUGUCCCUGUCAUGUCUGCAUUCCAGCCUUAAGGUCCAAACUUACCAUUUAUUUGCUUUAGACCGAGAUGAAUGUGGAUGUUCUUGACCAAAUGUAUCAGCAUCUAGGGGAGGUGACCAAACAGCCUUAGAUUUCUGCACUGUGAGCAGUGAAGAGUCAAACUACUAUGUCUUAUUAAAAUAGAUGUAUUUUCAUAUUUGAUCUUAAUAUGUACAUCAUAAGCUGUAUUUAAAGGAGCUAGAUUGAUAGGUAGCAUACACGUCACUGGGGGAGAGGAGCGGUACCUCAGGGUAGAGAGUAAUCACUGUAGGGACGCAAACAGGUAUCAGAAGACACAGGGAAACUACGCGCCUUUACCUCACAGAAGUGCUGUGUUUUGCACCAAUGCUCUUGGAUCUUAUUGCCAAUGGUACCCAAAUUAAUUUUAUCAAAGAUCUUUAUUUCACUUCACAAGGGUGAUAUAUAAAAUUCAUUUUAUACGAAUAUUAUAUUUUUAUUCUUUUCUGUUAAUGACAAGCUGAAAUUACAUUUCCUACUUUAGUGUUUAGGAGAAACAGUCAUUAAAUUUUUUUAACUUUAAAGUUAUCUUCCUGUCUGAAUGUCUACUUAUUAUUAAAAAAAAUACAAAAGUUCUUUGUUCUUAUGCAAAGGACUUAUUCGAUUAUAAUCCAACAUUUUAUGUUUGGUAUAAAUAUUUUUAUUUGUUGUUUCUCAGUAUUUUCUUAUUGGAAAGUUAUUAUUUUAUCUGCCUGAAGGAAAUAUGUAUUUUCUAUAUAAAGAAGCAUUUAGAAAAUAAUUGUAAAGUUGAAUUUAAAAGUAAUGGUGGGUAUAAAAUCACAAGGCUGUGUACUGUAUGACUACUGUUGACAUGUUAUGGGAUCAUGUGAAUUCAUAUUACUGUUACAAGGUAGAGAGGGUCAAAAAGACCAAAACCUCAUUAAAGUUUGAGGCAAACUGAAGUGUCAUAGAAUUGAAAUAAAAAUAUUUUAUAAUUUUA